UCCCUAUUGAAGUGUACACAUGCAAGCGCGCGCUUCUGAUCAAGCGCGCGUCGGACGCGCGCUCUCAGAAUUUCGUUGGAACGCGCGUUGCGCGGGCGUCAGCUGCGCGCUUGUAGAUACAUGCACCGCCAUUUUGCUGUACAUUUUUGAUCGCGCGCUUUCGUGUAGGGUGCACGUAUAUCAUGGAGAUCGAACACUUCGAUACAGAUUUAUUUAUCGACGAAAUCCAAAAGCGUCCAGCUAUAUGGGACAUGCAAAGUCCAGAUUAUAAAAAUAAAAUAUUAAAAAAACGUAAUUGGGAGGAAAUAGUUGAAAUUUUUAGUGACUGUGAAGACAAUUUGGAAAAGAAAAAACUGUUGGGUGAGUAUAAUUAUUUAUUGAUGUUUUCUAUAAUUAUAUCAUGUUGUUUUGCCACUGUAAUUUUCACUCGUUCACAAAAUAAUUGGCAAAUUUUUCUCUUGCUGCACAUAAGCUGCCUCGUGGUAAAUUUUCUAAAUGUAUAGAUUGUAGAGGUGAAACAUAAAGUUUAUCUUCAUAUCUGUAACCAUCGCGCAUUCGAACGUAAUUAUGUAGUACUGUGCAAGCUUUGAUGAUACUCUCCGGGAAAUCUAUGUUUACAUCUAUCGGUCUAUGAAAUAUUCGCCAUUUAUUGCUCAUUAUUCCGAAAGUACAUUCAAUAUAGCGCCUUGCUCUCGAUAAUCUGUAAUUGAAAACUUUUUUUGUGUGUUUGAGUUGUGUUCCUCCAUACGGCCGCAUCACAUUCGACAUAAUUCCAAAUGCUUCAUCGCCGACGAACACAUGAGGCAAUGGAGUUCUAUCGAUAUUUGAUAUAGGCUUAGGGUUAGGAAUGUUUAACUUAUUAUUCACAAUCCGUUUAAAAAAUUCGGAAUUUUUAAAAAUAGCAGAAUCACUGGUUUUGCUAUAGGAUCCGAUAUCAACGUAUACAAAACAAUAAUUUGCAUCACAAACUGCUAGUAAGACUGAUGAGAAGUAUGUUUUAUAAUUGUAAAAAAGCGACCCUGUAUCUUCUGGUUGUAUUAGCUCAAUAUGUUUCCCGUCAAUCGCACCAAUACAAUUUGGGAAGUUAGCGUAUUUCUUAAAACCUUCUUCUACUUCUUUCCACUUUUCUGUUGUCAUUUCAGGCAUAGAUGUAAACUUCAAUUUGCUCCAUAGUACUUUACAAACUUGUUCCACUAUCUUUAUAAUUGUCGAUUUUCCAAGACGGUAUCCGUAAUGCAAAUAAGCGAAAGAGCAGCCUGUGGCCAAGUAUCUGUCAAAAUAAAAAUGGUUAUUGUUUAUUUUCAGGUGGUACACUUAUGAAAAAAUGGAAAAGCAUUCGGGACAAUUAUCUUAGAAAGUCUAAGAGGCAAAAAAUCUUCCAUCUGGAUCUGGAUCUUCCAAACAUACGCCAUACGUGUAUUACAGGAAAUUACAAUUUCUUGCGAAUUCUAUAGCAUAUAACGACACAGAGAGCAAUUACCAAUCUUCUGGCACAACUGGUUCAGAUGUAGAUAAUAUUAUAGACAAUGCAGACUUGAUGCCACCUCCUAAAGAUCAAAUGGAAGGCCCAAGGAAAAGACAGAAAAUAAAUGCUGUAGAUAAACAAAUAGUCGACGUUUUACUGAAAAGUUUAAAUGCAAGGGAACAAAAUGAAAUGGGGCGACUAACUAAAGAAGACGAUGAUAAACUAUUCUGUUUAUCAUUGUACAGUGAAUUAAAAAAAGUGCCCGAAAAUCGACGCUUAACUACAAAGAUUGAAUUACUCAAUGUCAUUAAAGAAGCACAGAAUUAUCAUCAAUCAUUACCACUAAAAACUAAUCAUCACCAAUACACAUAUUCUACACCGACAUAUUCUGGAUAUACUACUGCUAGACCCUCAACAAAUCAACAGUGGUCUACCACGCCGCCACCACCGCCGUCAUCAUGGUCACCGUCACGUUCAGCCUCCAGCCAAGAUUCAGACAACUUAGAUUUAUUUGAAUAAACAAAUAUACUUACCUUAACGU